UCACCAGGCUCCGCGACCGCGGCGGAGCGGGCGGCGGACCCGCCAAUGAAAAACCGCGGGGGAAGUGGGCGGGCACUUCCGCUUCGGGGGAAGGGGUGGAGCCUGCGGGACCCUGCGGCCGAGCUGUCCCCCAUGGACCCUGAGGUGACCCUGCUGCUGCAGUGCCCUGCGGGGGGCCUGCCCCAGGAGCAGGUCCAGGCUGAGCUGAGCCCCGCCUAUGACCGUCGCCCACUGCCAGGUGGGGACGAGGCCAUCACUGCCAUCUGGGAGACCCGGCUAAAGGCCCAACCCUGGCUCUUCGACGCACCCAAGUUUCGCCUGCACUCAGCCACCCUGGCGCCCACUGGCUCUCGGGGGCCACAGCUGCUCCUACACCUGGGUCUUACUUCCUACCGGGACUUCCUGGGUACCAACUGGUCCAGCUCAGCUGCCUGGUUGCGACAGCAGGGGGCCGCGGACUGCAGUGACACGCAGGCCUAUCUGGCGGACCCACUGGGGGUGGGCGCUGCACUGUCCACGGCUGAUGACUUCCUUGUCUUCCUGCGCCGCUCCUGGCAGGUGGCUGAGGCCACUGGGCUGGUGGACGUGCCUGGUGGGCACCCUGAGCCUCAGGCCCUGUGCCCUGGUGACAGCCCCCAGCACCAGGACCUUGCUGGGGAGUUGGUGGUACGUGAGUUCUUUUCCAGUGUCCUUCAGGAGAUCUGUGAUGAGGUGAACCUGCCGCUGCUCACCCUGAGCCAGCCCCUGCUAUUGGGAAUCGCCCGAAACGAGACCAGUGCUGGCCGAGCGAGUGCCGAGUUCUAUGUCCAGUGCAGCCUGACUUCUGAGCAGGUGAGGAAGCACUACCUGAGUGGAGGUCCCGAGGCCCACGAGUCUACAGGAAUCAUCUUUGUGGAGACACAGAACGUGCGGAGAUUGCAGGAGACGGAAAUGUGGGCUGAGCUCUGUCCCUCGGCCAAAGGCGCCAUUCUCCUCUACAACCGGGUUCAGGGAAGUCCCACCGGAGCAGCCCUAAGGUCCCCAGCCCUACUCCCACCGUUCUGAAGACAAUAAAGGACUUCAUU